AUGGCUCAAGCUAUGCAGAAUCAACCUAACGUUGGUGCGAUUGACGAGUCCCGCAGCUUGGCAACUUUCCAAAGAGAGAACCCGCCUACUUUCAAGGGUAGGUAUGAUCCUGAUGGGGCACAAGCUUGGCUCAAAGAGAUGGAACAGAUUUUCAGGGUGAUGGAUUGCUCUGCGACGCAGAAGGUAGGACAUGGUACCCAUAUGAUGGCUGGAGAGGCUGAUGACUGGUGGCUUGAGACUCGUCAGAUGGUAGAAGUUACAGGAGAGGUUGUUACUUGGGUUGUGUUCAGUAGGGAAUUUUUGAGGAAGUACUUUCCGGAAGAUGUCCGCGGGAAGAAUGAAAUUGAAUUUCUCGAGUUGAAGCAAAUAUAUUUGUCGGUGGUCGAGUAUGCUUCUAAGCUUGUGGAAUUGACAAAGUUCUAUCUUCAUUAUAGUGAAGUAACUGCUCAAUUUUCCAAAUGUAUCAAGUUUGAAAAUGGGCUACGCCCAAAAAUCAAGCGAGCAAUUGGAUACCAGAAGAUUCGUAAGUUUUCGGAUUUAGUGGACAUCUGCAGGAUUUAUGAGGAGGAUAGUAAGGCUCAUUACAAGGCCAUGAGUGACUAG